AUGACAACAACUUUCAAUGAAUUGUUAGGUGAACAACUUCUUGAACAUAACGAAUCUAACAGUGAAUCAAAUCAAAUAUCAACUAAUGAACUGAAUGGAAAAAAUGUCGGACUUUAUUUCGCAGCUUAUUCGUGUCGUGCAUGUCGAAACUUUACACCAAAAUUAUCUAUAUUUUUUAAAGGACAUAAUAGUGCAAUGGAGGAGCAAUUAGACAUUGUUUUUAUUUCAAGUGACGACGAUCAAGCCGCUUUUGAUGAAUAUUUCAAAGAAAUGCCAUGGAAAGCAUUAUCUUUCUCUGAUCGGGAUCGUUCAAAAACAUUGCGUGAAAAGUUUAAUGUUGAAGAUAUUCCAACUUUAGUUAUCCUUACUUCUACAUGUCAGGUAGAAUCUUGGGAUGGUGUUGGCCUAAUACGUGAUGCAUAUGGUAGAGCUACACGUCAAUGGUGUAAAGGAAAACAUUUAUUUUUGUCACUGAAAGCACGUGAAGGUGCAUAUGUUUGGUAUGGUAUUAUUUGUCAUCAAUGUUAUAUGAGUCCAAUGAUUGGUUCACGACAUGGUUGCAUAGAUGAAAAUUGUUAUGUAGACUUAUGUGAAAUAUGUCUAUCAAAAACUAAACAUGAACAUCCUCUUGUUGAAUAUUUAGUACCUAAACGACAAUAUUCAUUCGAGCAACUUUUCAAAUUAGUUCCUCAUUUACUUAAUCCUAAUAGUGAAGAAAAGAUUGAAACGAAAACAAUAUGGGAAAAUGGUGUUAAAAGUGUUGGAUUUUAUUUUUCUGCUCAUUACUGUGAACCUUGUCGUGCUUUUACACCAAAAUUAGCCGAAGUUUAUAAAGAAGCACAAGCAAAUUUUCUACCUUUUCGUAUAGUUUUUGUGUCAUCUGAUUUUAAUGAGCAAUCAUUUAAUGAAUAUCGUUCAGAAAUGCCUUGGCCUGCUGUUCCAUUUAAAUUAGAUCAUCUUCUUCGUACAUAUUUUCAAUCUACUUAUAUUCCAAGAUUGUUUAUUGUUUCAUCAGAUGGGAAACUUCUAUCACGUCGUGGUGUUGAUGAUGUUUCACGUAAAGGAGUAGAAGCUUUGAAAACAUGGACAAAAGGAGAAACAGUGGCUCCUCCUACGGCAGAUGAGUAUGAAUGGGACGAUAUCUCAUGUAAUGAAUGUAGUAUCAGUCCUAUUAUUGGUCAAAGAUAUCAUUGUCCUACAUGUGAUAAUUAUGAUCUAUGUUCAGCAUGUGAAAAGAAAGGGCAUGAACAUCGACUUGAACUUGUACCACAAUCGAUCGAAGAUGAAGAUGAUUAA